CUGGGACUUCAUCUCGUCACAUUGAAGGUUGCAAUUGUGCCGCUCGAAAUAUGACCCAAGCUGGUACGCUGUACGCUGGACCGCGUACAGAUUAGGCCCCCAAUUUCUUGAUGCUCCUACUUGAUGAACGAUAAGAAACCUCACUCCUAUGCAGGCAGGAUCGCCGUCCAGGGUCUAGGCAAUCAUGACCGGCGAUGAUGCUUUUUCAGGCAGAACCAUUUCGUCCCUUCCAUAUACUAACGCUUCAAGGCACACAGAUGCAUAUGUUUUCUUCCUUUUGCUACAUUCUUUUGAUGUAGUGACAUCGCCACGAUGGCCUUCGUAAUAGCUAACGGUUCAGAUUCAGUGUUUGGUCCGGCGUACUCAGGGCCAUCACGAAACUUCGACUUCACACUCUUAUUUGAGGAUACAAUCCUGACCAUUGUCCCUGCAACAAUCUUCGUCAUUGCCGCAGGAGCAAGGGCGACAUGGCUGACCACCAAGCCGAACAAAGUGUCAACUUCAUUUAGCCGUCUCACCAAGCUGGUCCUUCUGUCCGCUUUCGCAACAAUACAACUUACAGUGCUUUUGAGCCGCGCUACGAACCUGGAACUUGCGACAAGAGCCUCCGUUGCUGCGGCUGUUCUGGACUUUUCUGCUGCUUGUCUCCUUUUCGUGCUAUCAUGCUACGAGCACUCUCGAUCGAUAACGCCAUCAACCAUCAUCGGAUUAUAUCUGCUCCUGUCGUUACCGUUCGAUGCCGCUCGACUCCGCACCUUCUACCUUCUACGCGGGUACGCCGCUAAAGGCAUCGCCAACUCACUGGCGUUGUCUCUGGCGAUCAAGUUCAUGGUCUUGAUCACAGAGGCCGUUGAGAAGCGAAGCAUACUUCUGGAGCCAUAUCGUGAUCUUCCGCCAGAGACUACCAGCGGCAUUUACAGCAGGUCGGUGUUUUGGUGGCUCAACUCCCUGCUAAGAGUUGGCUUCGCUAAGACCUUACACCUCAACGACUUGUUCAACCUGGACGACACGCUCUUGUCCGCUAACGUGCAGGAUAGGUUUCGACGACGAUGGGCAUUGGUGAAGGACCAUGGUCGCCUCAGCCUUCUGUACACCGUCCUGAGUGUUCUCAAAUGGCAACUACUUGUCUCAGCUCUUCCCCGUCUCCUGCUCUCGGUGGACAUGUUUGCGCAGCCAUUGCUGGUGCAGGAGACUAUAAACUUCCUCGGCAGCCAGGGGAAGCAGUCGGUUUCUGUUGGGUGGGGAUUGGCCGGCGCGUACUUCCUGGUCUACUUCGCCCAAGCCAUCCUCAAAGGAGCGUAUAAGCAUCUCCUCAAUCGAUGUGCCGUCCAGGUCCGCGGUGGGCUUGUUUCGCUCCUCUAUCAUAAGACGAUUGAUCUCAGCUUAGCGGCACCAGAUCGUUCGGGUUCAUUGACGUUGAUGUCCUCCGACAUCCAACGCAUCGUGGACCCAAUUCAAUACGUACAUGAUACCUGGGGUGGCAUAGUCGACCUUGGGUUAGGUAUGUAUUUGCUCUACCGCAACCUUGGUAGCGCAUGCUCGGCUGCUGCACUGGUGUACGUCCUUCUGGCACUGGGUACUAUGUGGGUGACGAGGGUCAUCUCCUCAUUCCAAAAGCAAUGGCUUGCUGCUAUAGAAGUCCGGGUAUCUUUCACCUCCGCGCUGCUUCAUUCGAUCAGAAACGUCAAGCUGCUAGGGUUGUCGGAAGUCAUCAAGGUCCGCACCCAAGGCCUUCGUGAAACGGAGAUCGAGAAGUGUAAACGAUUCCGACUCAUCAACAACGUACAAAUCCUCCUUCAAAACGGACCAGGCACGUUCGCACCGUUUGCGGUCUUCUUGUGGUACUACAUUCAAGCCAAAGGGUCUGGACAGCCGUUGGAUCUGGCGACCUCCUUCAGCGCACUUACAAUCCUGCGCCUAGUCCAACAGCCACUAAACAUACUCUUCUUCGUAACGCCAAAACUAGCAUCCUCGCUAUCAUGCUUUGACAGGAUACAACAGUACUUGCUCGCGCCUUCGCGACACGAUAAUCGACUUUCUCUUGACAGCGUAUACGAUUCGGACGGUUAUUGGGACUCUACUACCGACGGCAUCGAAAUGGGUAGACUUGGAAGCAUAAGUCGCAGUCUGGCGAAUGAGGCCCUAACUCUCAGAAACUGUUCGUUCGGAUGGACUGGAGAUGCACCACAUGUCGUGCAAGAUAUCGAUCUGUCCAUCAAAGCAGGCACAGUGACCAUGAUUAUCGGUCCAAUUGGGAGUGGCAAGUCAACAUUGCUCAAGGGUAUGCUCAGCGAAACUCCGCUUUCACGCGGCUUUGUAUAUCUUCGAAACCAGUCCAUCUCUUUUGCCGAUCAAGAAGCUUGGAUUCAGAAUGGUACAAUAAGGGACGCUAUUCGCGGUCCUGAUUCACGAGACAUAUCGUCAUUUGACGACGCAUGGUAUGAAGAGGUCAUAUACUGCUGUGGUUUAGCUGAAGAUCUGAGAGCAUUCCCGAAAGGCGACAAGACAUUGAUAGGGUCUAGAGGGAUAUCCUUGAGCGGCGGUCAGAAGCAGAGACUGGCACUUGCCCGUGCAGUCUUCUCGAAAGCGGAAGUCCUCAUUCUCGAUGACGUCUUCUCCGGUCUCGACAACGAUACAGAGGAGCUGAUAUUUAGAAGAUUGCUCAGUCAAUCAGGACCAUUACGCAGGUUGCAGACUACUGUCAUCAUGGUCACACAUGCAGUACAUCGCCUCCCGUAUGCCGAUCUCGUCGUCAGUCUGGACAAAGACGGCCGGGUGAGUGAGCAAGGAAGCUACGCAGCUCUUGUCAACUCUGGCAAUGGCUAUGUGCGCAGCCUGGAAGUUCGAUUCAAACAAGAGCAUGAAGCCCUGGAGAUGCAUGAGCCUCAACCCGAGUUUGACGUCGGCAAACCUGACUCAGCACGCGUUCCUGCCGCAUCUCUAGCAGAAGAUGGUGCAGACGCCCAAAAUAUCCUCAGACGCACAGGAGAAUGGAGUACGUACAAGCAUUAUUUCAAAUCUUGUGGCUAUGUUUCCACUUUACUGUCCUUUACUUGGGUCGGAAUCUGGAUGUUCGCCGACGCAACGCCUGGUAUACUUGUCAAGUUCUUUGCGAACAAUAGCGGACAAUCAACAGCAUUCAUCGCAAUCUUUGCUGCAGCGACGGGCAUGGCGGCCGUCGCGAUCGGGUUGCUUGGAUAUCAGGUUUUCCUUGACAUGCAACCACGCUCUUCCAGCCAUUUGCACUUGAACCUGCUUGAGAGUGUUUUGAACGCACCACUCUCCUUCUUUACCCGAACGGAUGUUGGCACGAUCAUCAACCGCUUCAGCCAAGACAUGGCCAUGGUUGACAAUGACAUGCCAUACGCAUACGCCGACACAACUAUAGGGUUCUUCUCUUGCAUUAUGAGCGUUGCUUUAGUCGCGUCAGGUACGGGACUCUUUGCUGUCGUAGUGCCGGUGGUCGCGGUUGCUCUGUAUGCGGUUCAGAAAUAUUACUUACGCACAAGCCGGCAGAUGAGAUUGCUGGAUCUGGAGGAGAAAGCCCCGCUGUAUACGUGGUUUGGAGAAACAGCGUCAGGUCUAGCAAGUGUCCGCGCUUUUGGCUGGGCUGAGAAAUUCGCAGGCAGAAACUUGGAAUUACUGGACCGAAGCCAGCGGCCCUUUUACCUCAUGUUCUGCAUUCAAAGGUGGCUCGGGAUCGUUUUGGAUCUGAUGGUCGCGAUCAUGGUCCUCAUCUUGAUGGUGAUGGUCGUCACGAGGAGGAGUUCCAUUGAGCCCGGGCUGGUGGGAUUGAGCCUUCUGAGUGUAGUCGACUUGAGUGAAAGUCUCACAAAAGUCGUCAGACACUGGACCGAACUUGAAACGAGCAUUGGCGCAAUUACGCGAUUGACAGAUUUUGUCAAAACCACUGAAUCUGAGCACAAACCGUGCGAGGUGCAGACGGUGGACAGAAGUUGGCCACAGAAUGGGGAGGUCACCUUUUCUAGCUUCGGUGCCAGCUAUUCUGCUGAGUCUGCGCUUGUGCUCAAGAACGUCGGUCUUCAGAUUUCGGCCGGAGAGAAGUUGGGGCUGUGCGGUAGGUCUGGAAGUGGAAAGAGCUCAAUGCUGGCAAGUCUUUUUCAUUUGCUCGAGUUCCGAUCAGGGGCGAUAGUAGUUGACGGUGUGGAUCUGUCGCGAAUACCACGAGAGACGCUACGUGCAAAGAUCAACGUUAUCCCACAGGAGCCCUGGUGGGUGACUACUGAGACUGUUCGUUUCAACAUGGAUCCCUGGAAUGCGGCAAAUUCAGAGUUCGACACGCCUCUCGAGCGAAGUCAAGCAGAUCAAACAUUCAUCUUGGCUUUGACGCAGUGCCAGAUCUGGCAUAUCAUCGAACAGAAAGGUGGUCUCGAUGCCGUUAUGACAGCGGACUUCCUUAGUCAUGGCCAACGACAGCUGUUUUGCCUAGCUAGGGCGCUUGUGAGGAAGAGUAAAGUGGUGGUUCUGGACGAAGUCAGCGCGAAUGUCGAUGUCAACACCGACAAGCUGAUGCAACAAGUUAUCCGGGAACAUUUCCACAACUGCACCAUCAUCGCGGUGGCGCAUCGGCUGAACACCAUUGAAGAUGGCGAUCGGGUGGUGGUGUUGAGUCAGGGUAGGAUCGCGGAGGUGGGCGAGCCGCAGGUCCUGCUAAGGACGGAAGCGAGUCGAUUCAAAGAGUUGUAUGAGACAUGAAACAUUGAGUAGGACAGGUAUGCCUGGCAGAGAGACCCAGACUCGCUUCUGGGCGGGGUAUUGAGAUCACUUGGGAUAGGUCGAACAUUGGACUCAUAUAGCAAACAGCGACCUCAUUAAUGAUGUUACGCAGCAUACAUAGGUGGCAGAAUGGGUAUGUAGGAUUGCAAACCCCAAGCAUACUGGUACGAGAAACGGACAUAGUAAAGAC